AUGUAUUUAUUUCAUAUAUUACUAUUCAUUAAUUUAGUAGUUUCUUCAGUUAUUCCAACUACAAAAUUUCAAUUAUCUAAAAGUGAACAAAGUUAUUUAGAAGGAGAUCCAGCUGUUACACAUAAAGUUAUUUUUACAGUUAAACAUGGUAAUGUUAUAUUAGGAGAUUUAACUCUUGCAUUAUUUGGAGAAACAUGUCCUGAAACAGUUGAAAAUUUUUAUCAAUUAUCAGCUAUGACUUAUGGAUACGGAUAUAAAGAUUCAGGUUUUCAUAGAAUAAUUAAUAAUUUUAUGAUUCAAGGAGGUAUUUUCCAAGGUAAUGGGGGUAAACUGAUUUAUGGAGAUAGAUUUAAUGAUGAAAACUUUAUAUUAAAACAUGAUAAAUUAGGUAGAUUAUCUAUGGCAAAUGCUGGACCAAAUACCAAUGGAGGACAAUUUUUCAUUACUAAUGUUGAUAAAACUAGUUGGUUAGACGGUAAACAUGUUGUAUUUGGUCAAUUGAUUGGAGGAUUUGAUACUUUAGAAAAAAUCAGUAAUGUUGAAGUAUCAGAUUCAAGUCCAUUGGAACCUGUCAUUAUAAGUGAUAUUCAAACGGCUAGUAAAUCUGAUCAAUUACAAGAUUCUACAAAUUCACAACAAGAUGAAAUUAAAGAUGAAACUACAGAUGAUGAGCAAGAACAAGAAAUAAUUCAAGGACCUACUUCUAUUUAUCGUUAUUUAUUCAUUGGACUUUUGUUGAUGGUUGCUGGAUUUGCUUAUAAAAGUUGGUCCUCUAAAAAACGUAGUGUGACAAUUACAACCAUAAAGGAUUGA